AUGAACGGCUGCCAAAUGUUUCACACUGAGUCAGCAACACUCAAGCCGCCGGCACCAGAAUGGUCAAGCGAGCAACUGAAGUGGUUAGAGGACCAGAGAGCCAUGUACUCGUUAGCCCACCAAUAUGAUGACCUCUUGGAAUUCUGGCCAUCGUUGUUCAACAUUUUUUUUGCUUUGUGGCCAGAGUGUCAGGUCUUGUGGCCGAUCAUUCUGGAGUCCCAGGUCCUCACCACUGAGCAGCAACAUUCCUUAUUUCAGGCGGAAGAACAGCGCAAACUCCGCAUUAAAGCUUGGAUCGAACACAAGCGGACAAACUCUGCUGUACCACUUACCAUAAUGUCUGUGUCUGCAGAUGACCACCAAAUGGUCUUGCAUUUUGAGGAGCCGUUUGAGGAAGCAUUCAACCGUUGUUGGAAGAAUGUCACACAUGUUGAGCUCGCCGAUAUGGACAGCGAGGCAGAUAUCAACAAAGAAGCGUAG